CAACAGAUCCUCUCAAGAAAGCAAGAAAACUCGCUUCGGGCAAACUCCUUUUCCCUCGCCUCUUUACUCUUUGUGGAAGUGAGCACAUUCUAUAGGCGGAGCUUGUUUGCUGAGUUGCUGUUAAAACUUGUCUCCACACUUACCUGAGCACUUGGCUUCCAGCACCCUGCCUGGCAGACACUAGCCAAAAUGAUACCUGGAGGCUUGACUGAGGCCAAACCUGCCACUGAAGAAAUCCAGGAGAUUGCUAAUGAGGUUAAACCACAGCUUGAAGAAAAAACAAAUGAGACUUAUGAACAAUUCGAAGCUGUAGAGUACAAAACUCAAGUAGUGGCUGGAAUAAAUUACUACAUUAAGGUGCGAGUAGGUGAUGAUACUUAUAUGCACUUGAAAGUAUUCAAAGGUCUUCCUGGACAAAAUGAGAAGUUGGUACUUACUGGUUACCAGACUAACAAAAGCAAGGAUGACGAACUGACUGGCUUUUAGCAGGACAUUCCAAAAGGGAUCUGAUUCCUUCUUCUGGCUACUGAUUAAUGAUACUGAUAAACCAUCAAUAAAGAAAUAUUCCUUUUCAAAUACAUCAUUUCUUCAAUUUUUACUCAUUUAUUGUAUUAAAUAUAAGUGACCUUUUCUUUCUCAAAAUCAGUGUUAUUACUUUAGGGUAGAAAUUCCGUGUAAAUUGACAUCAGUUAGAAACCUCAUAAAAAAUAGCCAGGCCUUUGUACUACCUCCACGCUAAGGAUUACUAAGGCACUAUUACUAAGGCACUAUUAUGUUCUCCCAGUGAACGUCCUCAUUAUAAUUAUGAAAUAUUCCUUUCUUUCUCUAGUUGUAGACCUUAUUCUGAAGUCUGAUACUAAUGCAGGUACCACAGUUUGUUUUGGUUGCUAUUUAGUGUUUAUAUGAUAUAACUUUUUUUU